AGGAUUUGAUAAGGAAAAACUUACAGUAAACGAGGAUGAAGUUUAUAGGGAGGUAAAUGAUGAAAAUAAAAGAGAGGGUCAUUUACAUCCGUUCAAUGAUCUCACUUUGUUGGUAACUGGUGAACCUCUUUGGGUACCAGAAACUCAGGAAGUUGGUUUCAUGACCGAAGAUAUGCUACGUGAACAAGAAGAGAUAUUUGAAAAAUUGGGCACGUCAGAAGAUGCGACUAAAGUACGAGCUCAAAUGCAAUCUGCACAUUUGCUUUCUGACAUGCAGGCUUUCAAAGCAGCAAACCCACAUGCUAUCUUGGAAGAUUUUAUUCGAUGGCAUUCACCACGCGAUUGGAUCCCUGAUGACAAUAAUCCAAACAAGGGAACUCUUAGCCAACGAAUGUUGGAGAAAGGCAAUUUAUGGCAAGAAUUGUGGAAGACUGCCCAACGAAUACCCGCAGAUCAUCAAACUCCGUUGUUCAAAUGUUCUCUGGAAGCAGAAAAGGCACUUCAUUAUUUGGAACAUUUAUCCGUGAAAGAUUUAUUUCAAAUGCUCUUGCCCACAAUAUUUCUUAUCGCAUAUGAUACAUUAGUAUCUCAUCCUGUCUCCAAAAGUAUCAAGCAAGUGGCUUCCGGCUUGGAAACAUUAGCAAAAGAACUGAUUAAAUUCCCAUGGAAUGAUAUAGG